GAUGACUAUGUUGAUGAAAAAGAUCCUUUGGAUUUAUCUGGAUUGCCAACUUAUAAGGCUCAUAGUCAUUAUUCACACAAUAUUCCCAGUUUAUUAUACCACAUAGAUGAGAAAGCAUCUAGUCCAGAUCAUAGUGAAGCAGAACGUGAUGAACAAUUGGUAUGA